UGCGAUAUAGCCGUAUGUUAGAAGAAGGUUCAUUUCGCGGACGAACUGCUGACUAUUUUUGGUUAUUGUUCCUAUCAUCGCUUCUAUCACCAUUAUCAAAUAUGCCAUUUUUGGGUUCACCUUUGGCCUUCACAUUGGUUUACAUAUGGUCACGAAGAAAUCCUUUUAUUAGAUUAAACUUUGUUGGUUUAUUUGUAUUCAGUGCUCCGUUCCUUCCUUGGGUAUUGCUUGGAUUUUCGUUGUUAUUGAACAAUGUAUUUCCUACGGGCGAUAUGAUGGGAAUUGCUGUUGGUCAUGUUUAUUACUUUUUCGAGGAUGUAUGGCCAAAUGAGAGAAACAGCGGUGGACGCCGAUGGUUGAAAACUCCCCAAAUAAUUGUGCGGAUGUUUGAAGGAAUUCAGGAUGGCCCUCAUAUACCACCACAAGAUGAUCUUGCUUUCGCUGACGGAUUGGCUGAACCAGGUGUGGAUCCAGUUCCAAACGAAGGUGUA